UCUAAGGACAAUUCCGUCCAAGAAAAAGACAGUAACGGGAUCUUUAUUCAUAGAGAACGGAUAUAUCAUGACCGGGAAAGGGCCUUCCGUCUCCGUUCUUGCUAGUUUUCUAGGGGGGAAAAGCUGGGGCCCCCGAAGACUUUGCUGAUGCAAUUUAUGUGUCCUUGCCCCGGCCUUCGCUAUGUCUUCAUUUGAAGGCUUGAAACCGUCUCGAAUAUAUUGCCUGCGCUUCACUCGUGCAGGAUAUUGUCCCUCAUGAUUUGGUGGAGCUUUUGAGGAUCAUUGUUAAUUUCUGUACGAUUCAAUAGUAUCGGUGUUUUAUAUGCAAGAGCUCGUACACAAUCAACUUUUUUUGACUGAAUUCUGCAUAUUUUUCAUUGCAAAAUGUUUGGUUUAAAGAAAUCUCCCUUGAAGAUUGCUAAACAUAACUCAGUUGAUCCUGGAAAUUCUGUUCCCUCUAGCUUGAACCCUUUUGGCCAUGAUGAUGAGUUGGAUAAUAAGCGAAAACACAAUUCCUCGAGGACUUCUUCUGAGGUUACACCAAACUUUGGAACCAACCCUUUUGAUGAUAAAGAGCAGAAAACAACCUCCUCUUCUUCAUCUUCUUAUGCACUUACUUCAGCAGAGAGAAACAGGUACAAGAAUGCUUUCCAUGACUCUGGUGGAUUAGAGAACCAAUCUGUGCAAGAGCUGGAGAACUAUGCCGUGUACAAGGCUGAGGAGACUACGACAGCAGUCAAAGGUUGUGUGAAGAUAGCAGAGGACAUAAGAGACAAUGCUACCAAAACUUUGGUCACCUUGCACCAGCAGGGUGAGCAACUUACCCGGACCCACAUGGGUGCUGCUGACAUUGAUCACGAUCUUAGUCGGGGUGAGAAGCUUCUUGGAAGUCUUGGAGGCAUGUUCUCUAAGACUUGGAAGCCAAAGAAGACACGCCCAAUAAGUGGCCCUGUUAUCAUAGGAGAUGAUUCAUCCAGGAGAAACCUCAACCACUUGGAGCAGAAGGAAAGGUUAGGAUUGAAUACAGCCAAUGGAUCGUCAAACACACUAAACCCAUCUGCUGAACCCAUAAAUGCACUUCAGAAAGUUGAGGUGGAAAAGGCAAAGCAAGAUGAUGCGCUGUCUGAUCUAAGUAAUCUAUUGGGAGAGCUCAAGGAAAUGGCUAUUGACAUGGGCUCUGAAAUUGAGAGUCAGAACAAGGCUUUGGAUCAUUUCGAUGAUGAUGUUGAUGUGAUAGACACACGUGUAAAAGAUGCUAGUCGACGUGCUCGUCAUUUACUUGGAAAGUAGGGUGAGGAUUUGCACUUCUAAUGCCUUGUGCACUGCCCUGCUAAAAUACUUGUGACCCCUUCCGAAACCCAAAUUCUCUAAUAAUUGUUUCUCUUAAAGCGCCCGUGGAAAGGGAUUAGAACCCCUUUGGUGUGUGUGUGUGUGUGUGUAAGUUUUAAAUUCUGCUCAUGUUGAGAGAGUGGCAAUGAUGAUGUAAAAGCCAUCCUGAAAGAAAUCUCAAUUUCCUAUGGUCAGAAUUGGAAACUUUACAAACUUUCGUAUACACGGUUUAUUUUUAUUCGGAUUUGAUGGAAACUGAAGAAAACUCAUUUGAUUUUCUUGGACGAUGUAUGGUCAGUAAAUAAGAUUGGCUUUUCAUAAUGAAAAAUUAUAUUUGUAAGCCAGUGUGCUUAAAGCACAUCUUCCAUGCUGUUAACAUGAACAAGACUUGAUUAUAUAUCAAGGUGCAGUGGAUCAGAUGCCAUUUAGUGGAGGAAAAUUUUGAGAAUUUUA